GUCACAUUGCCAAGCUUCCUGCCUGCACGCGGGGUGGCCAUGAGCUGCUGUGAAGGAUGGACGUCCUGCAAUGGGUUCGGCCUGCUGGUCCUCCUGCUGCUAGGGGUGAUCCUCAAUGCCAUUCCUCUGGUCAUGAACCUGCUGGAGGAAGACCAGUCUUUUCAAAAUCCCAUCUCCUGCUUUGAGGGCUGGUUCCCAGGAAUUAUAGGAGCAGGUCUGAUGGUCAUUCCAGCAACAACGAUGGCUUUGGCAGCAAGAAAAAGACAGUGCUGCAACAACAGAACCGGGAUGUUUCUCUCGUCACUGUUCAGUGUGAUCACCAUCAUCGGUGCUGUGUACUGUAUGCUCGUGUCGCUCCAGGCUCUCUCAGAAGGCCCUCUCGUGUGUAGCUCUCAAGCCAACAGUUCCGCCAAAUGCGAAUUUUCAUUCAAAAACUUGAGUGACAUUCAUCCAGAAUCCUUCACGCUCCAGUGGUUCUACAAUAACUCCUGCAUACUUCCUAUUCUCAAUAACCCCACCUUCAACACCACCACGUCCCAGCACACGAUUGUGCACUUCUCAGUCUUUUUAGGUCUCCUGCUUGUUGGAAUUCUUGAGGUCCUCUUUGGGCUCAGUCAGAUAGUCAUCGGUUUCCUUGGCUGUCUGUGUGGAGUUUCUAAACGAAACCGACCUGUGUAGUUUAAUUGGAAUAAAAUGGAAGCAUCGCAAGUUUAAAUAAUUUAAGAAUUAAAUUUCAAUGCACUCUUUCAGAAGUUCAAUAAUGGAACAUUAUCUAGAGAGCUGUGAUGAGUCCUUGUAGUCCAAAAAGUUGUUUUCAAAGUCAACAAAGUUGAGGUGACUAAAAAAAAAAAAUAUCAAUCUUUCUCACGUGCUGUAAAUGCUACAUGAUGCUUUCAUGCAGAACAGAAAGACUGUCAGUGGUUGACUUUGGAGACAAGUAGAAAGAAGCUUUCAAUUAGUUUGCGUCUUUCUAUUCCAAUUCCAUUUGGAUUUUCUGCCUUUCUAUUCUGUUGUGUGUGGAGAUAAGAACAAGCAGAGUGGGAGGAGGCGGGAAGGAGGGUGAGAAGAAACAGAAGCCAUCCUGGAAAUACACCUGUGGACCUUUUUGUUUGUUACUUCUUUGUACUUAAAAAGAAGAAAAAAGAAAUAUAAAAAACUUGAAUGUAAUGAAUUCUUUAGACCUAAUACCCAGCUUGCAGGAAACAUUCAGAUAAAUCCCAAUGGUGGUACAGUAAAAAAUGGCACUGUUUUCAAUUAAAAAAAAAAAGAGUAGGCCUGUAAUCCGAGAACUUUGGGAGCCAAGAUGGAAGAACUGCUUGACCACAGGAGUUCAAGAUCUCUUCUCUACAAAAAAUAAAAUAAAAUAAAAAUAAUAAAAAUUAGAAGAGAGAGAGAGAGAAAGAGAGAGAGAAUUAUUAGCUGGGCAUGUUGUUGCAGGCCUGCAGUCCCAGCUACUGCGGAGGCUGAGACAGGAUGACAGUUUGAGCUCAGUUUGAGGCUGUAGUGAUCUAUCAGAUCACUGCACUAUCCAACCUGGGCGAUCACCCCUGUCUCUUAAAAAAAAAAAAGUAGGAUGGAUUAAGGGAACUGUCCUAGAUUAAGAGAACAAAGACAUGUUUCAACUAAAUGUGUUUUGUAAAUUUUGUUAGGGAUAACUGGGAAAAGUGGGUAGAAGAAUUGGGUUAGAUAAUAUUACGAAAUUAUGGUUAAUUUUGGUAAGUCUGAUAAUGGUUUUAUGAUUAUACAGGUUGAAUAUCCCUUAUCUGAAAUGACUAGGACCAGAAGUAUUUAGAAUUUAGGGUUUUGGAAUAUUUGCAUGCACUGGGCAAAUACUGAGCUAUCUCACAUAUAAUGAGCUAUCUUGGGUAGGGGACCCAAGUCUAUACACAGAAUCCGUGUCUUUCAUAUAUACCUUAUAUGAAUAAUCUGGAGGGAAUUUCAUACAGUAUUUUUAAUAACUUUGUGCAUGAAAUGAAGUUUUCACUACAUUUUGACUGUGACCCAUCACAUGAAGACAGGUAUGGAAUUUUCCACCUGGGGUGUUACUAGUGUUCAAAAAGUUUCAGAUUUUGUGCUUGAAUUUAGGACUUUGAGACCAGCAUGAACAAGAGUGAGGACCCUGUCUCUACUAAAAAAAAAAAAAAGAAAAGAAAAAAGAAAGAAAAAAAUUAGCCAGCGCCUGUAGUCUCAGCUACUCAGGAAGCUGAGGCAAGAGGACUGAGCUGAGGCAUGAGCUUGAGCCCAUGAGUUUGAGGUUGCUGUGAGCUAUGAUGCCACAGUUCUCUUCUGAGGGUGACAGAGUAAGACUGUCUCAAAAAAAAAAAAAAAAAAUUUCAGAUUUUGGAGCACUUUGGAUUUUCAUAUUAGGGAUGCUCAACAUGUACAGAGAAAUGUCUUUUUUGUUGUUGUUGUUAGAAAUGUUUAUGUAUAUGUUUAGCAGGAAAAUGCCAUGUUUUAAAAACAGAACUAAAAAAAGCAAUAGAAAAAUAUUCAUUGUUAUGUUUUGGUAAUGGGUACAUGGCAAUUCAUUAUACUCUCCUAAUUUUCCGUUUUUAUCUUAUUUAUAAUAAUAAAAAAUACCUAGAAAAAAAGUGUUUCACAAGUUCAUUUCUGGCUCAGC